AUGGAGUGUGUCAAGCAAGUUCCCCUUGUCUUCCUGGUUAUGUCUGGAAGAACAAGGAAUGACUACCAGGAGGUUCUGCAGAAGAUUGUAGACCUUUUACAAUGCCAGCCACAAGUGUCUAAAGUAGUGCUCGACUUCGAACAAGCCCUUUGGGGAGCUGUGAGGGCAGUUCUUGGAGAUAGUGUUGCCAGAAUGGGUUGUGUAUUCCAUUGGAGUCCGGCAGUUUGGCGUAAAGUGCAAGAGCUUGGCCUGAGUAUAGCUUACCAAGAAGAUCAAGGUACACAUGCCUUCAUCAGGAACCUGUUGGCCCUGCCAUUCAUACCACAUGAAGAAAUUAGAACGGUUUUCUUGUACCUUGAACRACAAGCCACAACCAGGGCUCUGUGCAAUCUUACCCGAUAUAUCCGUGACCAGUGGAUAGACAGUACCUUCCCCCCAGAAGAAUGGAGCGUCUACGGUCAGGCCAUACGAACAAACAACGAUGUYGAAGGUUGGCACAAUGGCCUGAACCGUAGAGCACAAGGAAAGGUGCAUUUUCCUUUUCAUAUGUUAAUAGAAUUUCUAAAGAAAGAAUCAGAAUUAGUCCACCUUCAAAUGCGCCUGGUUACCGAGCAAAAAUCGAAAAGAAUCCAAAGGAAACAGUACCGUGACCUACAGGGAAAACUCAUUGGCCAGUGGGAAGAGUACUCUGGACAAAGAAAAAACGUUUUUCAGUUGCUGAAGGCGUGUGCUCACCUGUAUGGUCGAGGACAUUAGAUUGCAUUAUCUCCCUAGCACAAUAGUUCUUGUAAAUAGUUCRA